CAAACGCCAGUCGUCCAGCAGGCUUCAAGUUUAGAAGGGGAGAGCUUUGAUUAGGAGACCUGGGGUGAAAAGCCUCCAGUGGUGGCUGUGGCUCAAAGGACGAGCUAAUUAGCUCAAAGAUUAGGGAGGAGAUUAACGACCCUCUUGACGAACACUUGCCGCCAGCGAAUUCGCUGGCGGUUUAGCCUCCUAACUUGUCUGACGGUCGUGAAGUCUCUGUAGGUUUUAGACAGCUGAGCGAUUAGUGGCACGAUCAUUGCCUUUUUCCUGUGUACUUUCGUCGCGUAGCCUACCCUUCCUAGUUCGUUACGUUGCUUUUGACGGCUGAUAGGACAGUUUAAGUCGUUAGCUCGGAGUCGUGUCCUUCAGUUCGGAUAGGCAACGUGGAUUCGCCUAGGUUCUGACAGCUGACUUUGCCGGAAAAUAAAGACGAGAAAUUCUAUGGACGCAUUAUGCUAAGGAUAUCGAUCAUGGUGCUGAAUAUGGCGACGUAGUCGUAUCGCGAUGGUCAGGCCAAUUUUCCGUCGUCGUCACAUCAGGGGCAUUUCGUGCCGUCGCCAUCCAUUUAUAACAGGAAAAUAAAACAUCUUCCCGAAAAUCGCGAAGUUCGGGUGGUGAAGGUGGAAGGAAAUUCGAGUGGUGAAAGCCUGUUUGGUUUGAGAUUUCCCCGUUUGGUUGUUGAAUCGCGAAGUGCUACCUCGAUAGCUCCCGUUGACAGCAUUUCUGGAACCUCCUAACAUUGAUCGGCCAUAGCAGCACCGACAACUGACAAUCUGAUUAGACCAGCGUAGCGUUUGGUUUCAAUAGCCAUUCAGUUGAUAAGACAGUCCCUGUCGCACUAGCAGAAUCAUUCGAUCUGAGCAGCGGAAGUGCGGUCAGCUGGUCAGGGCAGCUUAAAAAGUGUCGGCAGGUCACCGCUGGUUGGUCAGGGUCCGCUGGUGAGGGUCGGCUGGUCGGAGCGACAGAGCAGCGGUAUCGCUCUCCGCUAGUAAAAUAAGAUCCGCAGAUUGGAUAAGAUCAGCUGAUAAGAUAAGUUCAAAUCAACGGACAGCAGCGUAGAUCGAUAAGCCCGAGCCACAGCAUCGCACAGCAGCUUAUAGCACCGCACAGCGGCGCAGAGCGGCGUGGAUCGGUAAGGCGGAGCCAUGGAUCUGAGCCAGCUCCUCGAGGAGGACGAGCCUCUCUCCCCCAAUCGCAUGCCUCCCUCCAUGGUCGAAGCCAUGGCGGCUUCCCUCAGCCGCGACCUCACCACCCCCUCCGCCGCCGCCGCUGCUGCUGCUGCCGCUGCCGCAGCUGCAGGGGGAGGCGCGGGGUUCCCCCCGCUUCACCCCGCGCGCCCGCCGUUUCCCCCCGCAGCCGGCUCCCCAGGCGCGGCCAUGCUGGCCUCCGCGCUCCCCCCUGGCGCUGGUAUGCGCGUGCAUUCCCCCAUGCCCAUGCCUGGCGCAGCAGGGGGGGCUAUGUCCCCCGCAGGCGCAGGUAUGGGCAUGCCCAGGCCUCAGAUGGUGCCUGGGAUGCGACCCAUGGGUUCUGGACCCGGGAUUUCCGCUGGGAUUCCGACUGGUCCCGGAAUACCCGCGGGAAUGGCCGGUGCUGCUCUCGUUACUAGCUCUCCCGUUAGUGGCCCAGGUCCGGGUCAGGCGUACGGGGUUCCUAUGAGUGUGCCUGCUGCCGCCAAUGGCGUGCCGCCACGUGGCAGUAUGCCUGGUCCUGGGGCGGGAGCUAGUGGCGCGGUAGUUGGGGGGACUGGGGGAGGGAUGGGGGGAAUGGGGGGUGGCGGACCAGGAGCAGGUGCAGGAGGGGGAGGUAUGGCUGGGGGUGGCAUGGCUGGGGGUGGCAUGGCUGGGGGAGGUUUUGCUGGGGGAGGUAUAGCUGGCGGUGCAGCAGGGGCCGGACAGGGGGCUAUGCGUCCUGGAACGGCUGCUGGUUCCGUUGGUGGUAUCCCAGUGCCCCCUUCUUUGGCCAACGACCCCAGAUGGCAGAAGCUGACUCCCGAGCAACAGGUCUUGUACUUGCAAAAGCUGCGGCACCAGCAGCAGCAGCGACUGCUGCAGCAACGACAGCAGCAGCAGCAGCAGCAGCAGCAGCAACAGCAGGCGCAGCAGCAGAAUCAGCAGCAGCAGCAGCAGCAGCAGCAACAACAACAACCAAUACAGUCCCCUCAGCAGCAUCAGCAAAUGAUGGGACAGCAACAGCGAACCGCAGCAGCAGGGGUGGGGGAAGGAGGAGGAGGAGUGGGGGGAGGAGUUGGGGGAGGAGGUGCAGCGGCUAUGCGGAGGCCUGGGGGUGUUCAGCCGCCCGCAGUGACCUUCCCUGAGCUGCUUCCCCGGCUGCGGGCGCACUUGAAUGAAGCGCAGCUGGCGCAGCUGCAGCAGAUACAGAACGCCUGGCGGGAGCAAAAGAUCAACAAGGAGAAGUUCAUCAACGCCAUCCGGGGUCUGUGCGGCGACCACAUCUUCAAGCACCUCAUGCAGCAGCUGCAGCGAGAGAAGCUUGCUCAACUGUCAAAGGAGCGUCAGGAGCAAAUGACAGCAGCAGCAGCAGCUGCUGCAACCAACAACCGAGCAGCACCGUUUUCCACUCCUGCAGCGCCCCUUGCAGCUCCUGCUACAGCCGGGGCUUCCAGCAGCACGCAGCCAGGCACAGCUGUAGCAGGGCCGGCUGCAGCUGGAGCAGCAGCCUCAGGAUUGGAAGCAGGCUUGGGAGCAGGCUCGGGUGGGCCUGCGUCUGUGCUGCAGGGUGGUUUGGGAACAGGGACGCCCGGUGGUGUGGCAAGGGAAGGGGGGGGGUUGGUAGGUGGGACUGGGGUAGGUGGGACUGGGGCCGGGGUAGUUGAUGGUGCUGCUGGGUUAGUGAAUGGGACAGGCGCAGGGGGGCUGGUUGAUAAUCAGGGAAAGGGGGUGUUGCAACAGCAGCAGCAGUUGCAGCGGCAGCAGCAGCAGCAGAUGCUUCAGCAACAGUCGCCAGGAAUGAAGCUUGAACCAGGCCUUAGCUCCCAGCAGCAGCAACAGCGACAGCUGCAACAGCAACAGCAGCAACAGCAGCAGCAGCAGCAGCAGCAGCAGCAGCAGCAGCAGCAGCAGCAGCAGCAGCAGCAGCAGCAGCAGCAGCAGCAGCAGCAGCAGCAGCAGCAACAACAGCAAACAGGAGCAGAUUCCGUCCCUUCUCCCAAUGCUCCCUUUACCCCUAACAGACCAGGAUCAGCAGUAGCCAUGUCAAUGGGCCAGCCUCAACCAUACCACGCCAUGCAAUCCCCUCCCCUCCGACCAACCAUGCCCCCCCAUCCCCCCCAUCCCUCCCAUCCCUCCCAUCCCUCCCACCCCUCCCAUCCCUCCCAUCCCUCCCACCCCCCCCAAGCCUUCCAACCCUCUCCCUAUCCCAUUCCUCGUCCUCCCGUAUCUCCUAUUCCUCCGAAGCUAGAGCCUGGGCUCGGAUACCCUGCCGGACCUGCAGCAAUGCCGCACCCAUCCCUGGCCCAACCGGUUUAUGGGUCAGGUUCGGCACAGGGCCAGGUAGGCUCGGCACCGGCCGGGGUUCCAGGCUCACAAAUGGGGUCGGCAGGGUUGGGAGUAGGUAUGGAUGGUAAGGGGGAGGCGCUAUCUGCGGGUAUUGCUGGGAAAAUCACACCUGGCGCAGGUGCUGCUGCUGCAGCAGUGAUGGGAGAAGAAGCUUCUGCAGGCGUGGCUGCUACACCAGCAGCAGCAGUGGCAGCAACAGCAGCAGCAGCUACAGCAGCAGCAGCCACAGCAGCAGCAGCCACAGCAGCAGCAGCCACAGCAGCAGCAGGAUCAGCAGCAGCAGCAGCAGCAGGAGCAGGAGCAGUGACUGGUGUGGGUCCUGCUAAGAAGUCAGCAGAAGGGGUAGCAGCAGGGCCUGGGAAAGGGGCAGAAGCAGCAGGAAACGAUGGAGGUGCUUCUAGUACAGCAGGAGCAAAGACGCCUGGGGGAAAACCAGGGGUAGGUGCAGGAGCAAAGGCGAAUGCUGCUGGGAAAGCAGCAGGUGCUGCUGCCGGUGGUGCGGCUGCAGGGGCAGCUGCAGCAGGGGGUGCUGCUGGGACGCCGGGUCGGCCUUUAACUAAGUAUGAGAAGGCUAAGCUUCGGAAAGAGGCGAAGAAGAGAGAGGAGGAGGCGAAAAAGAAGGCGGAGGAGGAGGAGAGGAAGCGGGCUGCUGCUGCUGCUGCAGCCGGGGGAGGUGCUGAUGCUGCUUCUUCUGGUGCUGCUGCUGCUGCUGCUGCCGCUGGUGGGGGUGCUGCUGCUACUCCUGCUGCUCCUCCUGGCCCCGCUGCUGCUGGAGCAGCAGUCAAAUCGGAGGAUGGGUCUUCAGCAGUAGGAGCCGCGGGAGGGAAGGCUUCUGCAGGUUCAGCAGCAGCAGGAGGAUCAACAGGAGCAGUGGGAGCAGCAGCAGCAGCAGCAGCAGCAGCAGGGGCAGCAAAGGCACCAGGAGCAGCAGGGGUGCCAGGAGCCCGAGGUCCCCCUUCCCUUCCCCAGAGUGCUGCGUUGAGAAGAGACUCAGAGGAGCCUGAAGUGAAACGAUUGAGGCUCACAGAGAGUGAGGGGGCUGCUCUGCCUUCGUCCAGCGCAGGGCCUGCUACCACUCCCUCCAAGCCCACCCCUGGUGCUGCCACUCCCGCCAAGGCUGCCCCUGCUGCUGCUGGCUCUGCUGCGGGUGCUACUGCUGCUGCUACAGCGCCCCAACCAGGCAAACCAGCAGCAGCGGCAGGGUCGGCAACAUCGGCCAAGCCUUCCGCAGCAGCUGGACCACAACUGCCGGGCGCUCACCCCUCUGACCCUGCCACGGCCAGCAAGCACCCAGCUGAAGGGUCAGCCCCAGGCCAACCCCCUGUCAAGAAGCCCAAGCCUGAUAACGACGGGAUCGAGCAGCUGAAUGACGUCACUGCAGUCAGCGGCGUGAAUCUGAGGGAAGAGGAGGAGCAGCUGCUGGCGAUGGCAGUGGCGGGGGACGCUCAGCAGAAGGUGCAGGCGGAGGCUUGGAGGCGCAUGGCAAAGGAGGAGGAGCAGAAGCUUCUCAUGGACCGACCGCUGCUGCGCGCCGUGGUUGGGAGAAUAGCUUCCAAGGCGGGCCUUCGCACUGUCAGUGACUCGGUGUAUGUGUGCCUCUCCAGGGCACUAGAGGAGCGAAUGCACACACUACUGGCAGCACUCUCCAGACUGUCAGCUCAUCGUCUCGACCAGCAUCGUCACCAGCUGCUGCGGCGGCAACAACAAGAGCAACAGCAGCAGCAACAAAUACCGCAGCAGCACAUCCCUGCGAUGCAGGUCAUGUCGAACCCGCUGCAGCAGCUGCGGCAGAUGCAGCGGGUGGAGCGAGAGGCGGAGGAGCGGCGAGCAGCGGAGGAGCGAGAGAGGCUCAGACGACUGGGGGAGAAGGAGAGCAAGGAGAAGGAGAAGGCAAACAUGUCGGAGAAAGAGAAGGAGGAGCACCGACUCAAGGCGCAGAAGGCCAAGGAGAUGGAGGAGGAGAAGGAGAAGGCCACUAGGGCCAACGAGGCGGCAAGGGUGGCAGUGGGAGUGGACCCGCGCUUUGCUAAGUGGUUCCGCGACGCCCAGCUGAGGAAGAUGCAAGCCGCAGGUGGAGCAGCAGCUGGGGGGGGAGCAGGGGGAGGAGCAGCAGGGGGAGGAGGAGCAGGGGGAGCGGCAGCAGCAGGAGCACAGGCUAGCAAGGAAGGCACAGGCGCAGAGGGAUCUGCCUCGGCUCCAGGUGGCGGUGCUGCCAACGCGGGCCAAUCAGGAGCUGCCUCGUCAGCAGCUGGAGGGGGGGUAUCCGGGGUAGGAGGGGCCGGUGCUGGUGCUGGUGGUGGGGUUGGUGGCAGAGAGGGAGGUUUAUCUGGUGCAGGUACACCUGAUGGCAAGGUCGUUGGUGCCAGGGCGGGAGGCUCGGCAGCCGGAGCAGCAGGUUCGGGGGCAGGCUCGGCAGCAGCAGGCACAGCAGGGGGAGCAGGGGCAGGAGGGCUGGUGAAGCAGCAGCAAGGGCCGAGGAUUGUGAUACUAAAGGAUGUGAUUGCAGCGCUGGAACGAGAGCCCCAAAUGGCUAAGUCUGUGCUGAUGUUCAGAGUGCACGAGAGAGAAGGGAGGGCGAAAGAAGGGAAGGGCAGAGAAGCAGUGGUAGGAAGAGGAGGAAUGAAGGGCGCUGCAGCCGGUGCAGCAGCGAAGGGAGCAGCAGCAGGAGGAACAGCAGGAGGAGGAGUAGGAGGGGCAGGAGGAGCAGGAGCAAGAGCAGGAGGAGGGGCAGGAGGGGGUAAAGGAACGGCAGCAGCAGCAGCAGGGGGCGUUCAGGGAGGAGCAGCAAGAGCAGGGGGGGCAAAGGGGCCCUCUGGAGGAGUGGGCGGGCCGAAAGCAGCAGCAGGGGGAGGAGCAGCGGCAGGGGGAGGGGGAGUGAGUGGGGUGGUGAGAGGUGGAGUGGGAGGCACAGGGGUGAAAUCGCCAACAGCAGUCGUCAAAGCAAGCCCUGGCGGUGGGGCCGUGGCUGCCAAAGGGAUGGGAAAUGGAACACCUGCAACAAGCAUUAGGAAGUAGAUUGGCUCUAGUUAUGAUGAUAGGGUUUCAGUAUUAGGGGGCCGUAAUUAGGUAGGAAUAGCAGAGCAUCCUGCAUUCUUACCGCUAUUAUGAACGGCAUUGUGGUCCCCCGGAUAGAAUCCUUUAAAUUUGCUGGUAAAGCUCAAGUUUUAGUGUUCAAGUUUU